CAAUCAGUAAACUUCAAGACUCCAGAAUUGCUUAGUGUACAUGCCUAGCACUAGUAGCAAAGAACCUGCCACCUUCUGGAAGUUCGAGGCUGAAUUCAGAGAAGAAAUCAAUAAGUUUUAUUAGUGCUUGGUUUAUCGACAAAGAACCUUGGUUUCAUACACCGGUCGCAUUCUACUACAAUGUUUUGGACAGUCAUCCUUAAAAUAUAAAUAAUACAUACUCGCUACUCGAUAAACUGUACGCUCAAUCUCGGUGCAUCGUCAAUAUCUCACGAUGAAAGUUACGGUCAGCACUCUCAACGACGAAAUAUUCGUCCUCGACGUGUCGGAAGACUUGGAAUUAGAAAAUUUUAAGGCGUUUUGUGAAAUCGAAUCGGGAUUCCCUGCGUCGGAUAUCACAUUAAGUUUCAAUGGGAAGCCUAUGAUGCACGAUAAGAAGUCUUUGAAGGAGCUGGGAGUGCACGACGGCGAUGUCAUCGUCAUGAUGCACAUGUUGCCCACCAGGGCAUCCUCCAACUUGAAGAUGAACGACGCCAAUCAAGCUCUACCGAGUGGUUUGGCAAACCUCGACUUCAGUAGUAUACAGGUACCCCAAGGAGCUAGUACCUCCAUGGCUACAAGAAGUUCCCCUGUGGAAGAAGACCCCCGCAUCAUCAAAGAGAUGUUCUUAGCUAAUCCAGACCAACUUGCUCUGCUCAAGCAGAACAAUCCUAGAUUAGCUGAUGCUCUACUGAGUGGUAAUCUAGAUACAUUUGCCUCAGUGCUGCGGGAACAAAUUUCAGUUAGAACUGAAAGACAACAGCAAAGAAUAAGAAUGAUGAACUCGGACCCAUUCGAUACAGAAGCACAGCGUAUGAUAGCCGAGGAGAUCAGACAGAAGAAUAUUGAGGCCAACAUGGAGGCCGCCAUGGAAUACAAUCCAGAGACAUUCGGAACAGUUGUGAUGCUCUAUAUCAACUGUCAUGUUAACGGGUUUCCUGUUAAAGCAUUUAUCGACUCGGGUGCCCAGACUACAAUUAUGUCAGCGGCCUGUGCUGAGAGAUGCAAUAUCAUGAGACUGGUUGACACGAGAUGGGCGGGUAUAGCGAAAGGCGUGGGUGUACAGCGCAUCAUAGGCCGCAUCCACAUGGUUCAGAUGCGGAUCGAACAGGACUUCCUCACCACAUCGUUUUCCGUACUCGAGGAACAACCCAUGGACAUGUUGUUUGGACUUGACAUGCUCAAGAGGCAUCAGUGUAACAUAGAUUUGAAGAGGAACGUCCUCCAGAUUGGCACAACGGGUACGGAGACACCGUUCUUAUCCGAGUCGGAGCUGCCCGAGUGUGCCCGACUCUCCGGGGUCUCUGAAGAUGAGCUGGUGACUCAAUCAGUGAAGGAGGCUGAAGAAAAGCAGAUGAAGGAGGCCCUCGAGAAGUCCAAACAAGAUGCGAAAAAGCAGGCAUCCUGCCCAAGCAACACCGGACCGAGCUCUGGACAAACCACCGGACAAAGAAUUGUUACCCCCGGACUGAGCAACCCCAGUCUGACCGUUUUACCCACCGACCGCUUCACUGAGACGGAUGUCGAGGAAAUCGUGGCUCUGGGCUUCACCAGGGAACAGGCGAUAGUCGAGCUUCGACGAUUCAACGGCGACAAGACUCAGGCAACGGUGGCGUUGUUCGCGAAGUCCCUCAAGUUCUAAACUUAACCAUGGGAGCCCUGGCGCUUCGCCCCUCGGACCGAACAAACUAUACGUUACAUUCGCGAUCCCAAUACUACCGUUAAAAUGAUAUUUUUUGUUUUGAGGUAGGCGGGUAGUUUUCGUCAUAGUAAAAUAUAUUAUCAUGAUAAUUAAUUUAAAUUGUAUAAGUAUUUUUUUUUACUACACAUCUGUGCGCGGUUCUAUGUUUACAAUAAGUGGGUAUGUAACAAAAAAAAAAGAAAAAAUGGUGUUUAAGAUGUUACAAACCCAAAUGUGUUUUCAUCUUCAUUGAGUGUACUUACAUGCGACAACACUGCGCUCACACUAUCACAUAAUAUCAUAUAUGUUGUAAUUUAGAGCCAAACACAGCACUGCGCUACAUGAGUUGAACAACUUGUAUGUGAUUUAACAGUUUUCUGUACAAUCUGUUCCAAGUCUCAAACAGUAUGUAUAUAUUUUUAUGAUUGUUUAAUUAUAAGGACGCCAUCUCGAA